UGAUGUCAUAAAUUGGGUGGCAUUUAAGUGUCAGUCCCAGCAUGAGCUGCAUAAUUGAACAGCAGUGAAAAGGUACAGGGAUUACAGCAUGACUCCCAUGGGGCAGGGUUUCGUUCCCUAAUGAAACCCCAUCAAGGCAGUCAGGGGUGAUGGUCAUGCUGUCAACCUGGCAGGUCUAGAAUCACCUGGGAGAUGGGCUUUUGGGGGUUAUUUUGAUCACAUUAGUUGAUGUGGAGUGCUGGGCUGUAUAAAUGGAGAGCUGUUGUUCCGUUUCCUGACUGACCAGCUGCUUGCUGACCUGUCCUGACUCUCCACCAUGAUGGACUGAGCCACAGGAAACUCUGCCCUUCAAGUGCUUUCGUCAGAAUAUUUGAUCACACAUCAGGAUAAACUAAGACACUGGGUGGAAGCGGAGGCUGAAGGAUCAGGAGUUCAAGGUUACCCUAAGCUGUACGUAUGGGGCCGAGGUCAUCCUGGCCCAUAGGACACCCUACUCAAACAAACCACGUGACCAUUCUCCAAGCAUGCGGGGAAAGGCACACUGCGCUGUGACAGAUUUCACAGCUGUGCUUAUCCCAUACAGACCAUGCUGAUAAACUUCUUCUCAAGCGUCUUUGGCCAGAGUCCAGUUCUGCUCUCUGCCUGGCUUCCCAGCCUCACUGACUCCAGAGUAUCAGCACAGGAAGCCAGUAGGGAGGGCAUGAAGCAAUGAAGAAAUGACAGCCCAGGUGGCCUGCAGAGGCUCCCCAGCAGCUCUGAAUGACCCAGCCUGCCACUGAAUUUCAGAAAGAGCACUGGCAAACCAAACCAGCCAUCUCAGGAUCGGACUUUGGUUCAACGAAUGUUGCAAGAUAUCUGUGUUCACUUAGAUAGCUGCUGGGCAGCCAUUUUAGGAGCUGCUCUGCACAUCUGGGGCCUGACUGUCUCCAGAACCACCUGACACAUUCUGGUGGCCUCCCUGAGGCCUUGCAGCAGCUCUGUACAAAGGACAAGGGAACUGUGGUGCACGUUAAGAGCUGGGUCUCUGUGCCUAUUUCCACCUCACCAAACGGAAAUCAGAAAUAGGAGGGCAGAGCCAACACAUGGGUGGGAACUCAUCAAGGCCAUGGGCAAGCACCAAGUGGACAUCUGAGCCCAGGUGGGGCAGGCUCCAGACCAAGACGCCUGUACAGAGGCCAGCUUGGCCGUUGGCCCACUGCACCUCAAUCUUGAACCAAGUCAGGGGACAGUCAGGAGACAGCACAGCUGCAUGUUUCCUGCCCACUGCCCACUGGCAAAGUCCAUGGGACUUGAUAGGUUUCCACAGGGAGGGAACAAACUGGGUCUCGGCCCCCAAGGGCUGUGCCCUUUAGUUACCAAAGUGAUGACAUUAGUUUGAGUGCAUUCACUGGCAGUGCACCCAGGACCCCAUCUCCUGAAGUCAGCUGACAAAGUCUCUACUUGCUUUCUGAACUCUAAGAAGAUAAAAGGCCAGCAAGAGCCCUGGGCAAGUGUGCCUGAGCACCCUGGGUGGCAACAGGAAGAGGCAUCUCUGAACGUUGUUAUGUCAUCCAAGCCCUUGUCAGGAGCACAGCUGCACCAGCACAGGCGUGUGCACAGGUCAGGAGUGAGGUGUGGGUUCUGCUCACUAAAUGUAGUCUGAUGGUAGAGUGGCGGGGACAUGGUGCUGGAAACAUUUCACACAGCAAAGUCCCAGCUGGAGGCAGGCUCCCUGGAGAGCUGUCUAGACAAGGGUCCUUGCCUCUCACAGCCAUGCUGUUGGCUCUGCUCUCCUCCAACAACUCCUCUACUCUUUCUCUCCGAUUUCUGUGGCCAGCUCAGCAGGUGGAGCCACAAAGACCUGUGGGUUUGGGACUGCCUGCUCUUCCAGUUACUGCCCCCUAGACAUGGUCACAUCUCUGAAUGGAUCCAGCUCAGUGCUUCCUAAGCGUAUGUGAACAGUCUUGGCUGCAGACUUGUUUGUCCAAGAUGAAAAGCUCUGUGUUUCUGACCUAUGCUCUUGCAUUUGCUGGACUUAGCCAGCUGCAUCCCGCAUGCUGGGUAGACGAACGGCCCCCUUGGACAGUAAUUUGAGGCUCAUCUGUGGGAGGAUGUUUGCCAAGCUCAGUAAAAUGAGCUGUCAGUAUAACUGAUGCCCAGCUGCUGGAGGGUAAUUUAGCUGACAGUUCCAACUGCUUCCCUAAACUCAGGCUGGAGGCAAUAGCCAGAGAGCCUGGGGCAGGAGGCUGGCUCAUCAGCCAGAUGGUUUCCACUAGAAACUGACUCCCGUUCUAGCUGCAAAUGUGACCUAGUUAAAGAGGCUUGGAUACAGCCUGUUUUUGUUACUCAAGACUGGACGUCUUCCUCCAGAAGCCCACCUGUCUUUGACAUCUGUGAUGAUGGAUCUUGCUGGUGUUGAAGAGUCACUGGCAGCACACAGCCUGCCUAAUACGCUCACACAUUUGAUGAGACAGCAUGUAAUGAGUGCUGGGUCGUUCUAAAGCAGCACCUCUGCAGACUGGGCUCAGUGUCUUUUGGGUCCAGUUGGGGAUGUACGCUGGCAGAAUUCAUUAGAGCCACCCCUCAGGGACCAGCGCCUGCUGCCUAAAAGACAAUCAGUGGCGUCAGCUGCACAGAACCCAGGGUUGGAAAUGAAGUGGGUAUGGACUUCUUAGCAGGCCAUCUUCCAGCCCUUCAGCUUGGGGGAAUUAGUGCAGAGAUGGUGUGGGUGCCUCUUGCUGUCACUUUCCCCAGGGUAGCAGUGGCCUUGGCAUGGCUGCUGCCUACCCUAACAAGAUGCACUAGACCUGCUGGUUCUGUAGCAGAAGCAUGAACCUUUGCAAACCAGCUCAAGGGCAGGGAGCUCAAUGAGAGGGAGGCAGAUGGCCAGCCAAAGAAACACACUUUGUCCCUGGAAUCACAGCCAGUGAAAGAAAUACACUCUGGCCCUUCGAGCCAAAAGGCUAAAAAGGACCAGUGAAAGAAACAUACUAUGGUCCUGAAACCAGAGCCAAAUUUGACCCUGAACCUGAGCAGCAAACCAACCAAUCCCUGAGCAUGAGAUCUAGCCAAUCUGAGCUCAGGGACUGAAAUCUGACCAAUCCCCACCCUGGAAAUCUCCCUGGAAAAACUCUGCCCCUAAGAAGCCCCAUAUAAACCCCCUGUCUGUUCAGCUUGUGGUUGGCUGGCUGCCUGCUUGCUUCCAUCAUGCCAGAGGCAGCCACUCUCCUGGAUUCUUCCCUCCCAAUAAAUUUCUUGAAUGAGGUUUGGGUGAGACCUUCCUUGGCGGGAAUGGAGCAGAGGAGAGAAGUAACUUCUUACUGAGCAAGUGGAGCAGGGUUGUACCACUUUCUAACAACUUUGCUGGGGAAACCCUUCCCUGCUGGAGCAGAGCUGUUACACUGGGGAAGCCUUUCCCUGGAGCAGGGCUGUAAGCUGCUAUGCUUACUAUGACCUGUGGUACUCCUUGGCUCCUGAGUGGCAGAAUACCUUUCCUUCCCAACUGUAACACUCAGUAUUCUGUGGCUCACCCCACAAUGCUUACGAGACCAGCAUGUCAAUCCACAUUUUCUAUAAAAGGAGCCUUUGGCGGAAAGCAAGACUGAUUCUUACCAUGUUGUGACACCAUGAGAUAACAGCUAGGUGACCUCAAGUUUGUGUGACUUGCCCUUAUUCCUCAGCUGUAAUCCAAGAGUCUCCCUUCUCCCUUUCCUCCUGCCUUGGGAAGGCUGCCGCUCUCUGAGUACCCAUUGGGUUCCUAGUCCUUCCCAGUCAGUGGGCCACUGGCUACUACCUGGCUCCAGAGCAGGGGUGUCUGCAGGACAGUGCCAGCUGCAGAGGUUCCCACACAGCAGAUGUGGGCAGGGAUGGCCCAGUGUAUGUGUAGAAAGAACAGCUCACAAAACACUGGAAGGAUUCUGUGCUCUGUCUGAAUUCCACUUGAAAUAUUGUUUUAAUAACUUUGCUAAGAUGGCUUUUAUCUCAGGACUGUAUUCCUCAAACCAAGAGCUUUCAGAGAGAAAUCUCCAAACAGUCCAAGGGAGGGCUUGGCUGACCUGAGGCACAAAGCUCCUGUGUUCAAGAAAGACCACCUCUGGCCCCCGCCUUCAGGCUCUGUCCACCCAGGGCAAUGAUUCAGAGGCCCUGGCAUUCUCCAGAGUGUAACCCCAACCACCCAGCUUCACUGCCUAGGUUCCUCCUGGUCAGGCCUCUUUGUCUCUCCUGCCAUUACCAUCUGACUCCUGUCCUCAAGGGGUCUCUAUGUGUGAUUUGUGUGUGUCCUGUAGGUGUGCGCACUGUAAAUAGUGCCCUGUGAGUGUGUGCCCUGAACAUAUGGGACCCAGCUGGGCACACAUAGGGACGACUCAGAGUGUGACACAUCUCAGCUUGGGGUCCUGGCUUUCAUCAGUUCCGAGGAUCAAUGGGAUAAGCCCUGCAGCAGGGAGAAAACGCAUUUUCCUAGGAGCUAUUGGUGAUUGGUGCAGUAGUCCAGUCGCAGGCUGCCGCUGCCCAUGCUCCUGGGAGCAGUCUCCGGCUGACCUCUGACCCUCUUCUCAGCACCACACGGCAGGGGUGGGGAGGGAACACGCUUGUGUCGACCAGUUUGUGGCAACAUGGGUAUUUGAACUCAUCUCUGUGGUCCCCAGCUCUGCCACGACCUUAGAUUUCCCCUUCUCUUCCCUUAUUGCCUGGCCAGCACAGAAAGGUGCAUCCUUUUCCUCGCUAGCUUGGCCAGUCAGGGUGGCAGGAAAGUAGCGGUAGCUGAAGACCCUAGGACAGCGCCUGCCUCUCCCAUGCCCCUGCCCUCCACCCAUUUCUGCUCCUCAACACCCCUCCCAUGCCCUUUCCUGCUGAGGCUUCCGCCCCUCCCACCGCCUAAACCUUCAUCAGCCUGCAUCAGUUCUGUCCAGAACCCUGACUGCCCCCAGCCCACAGUUCCCUUUGUCUCCGACUCCCCGCCACCCCGUGCAGCCCUUCCGUGCAGCCCAUCCGUGCAGCCCAUCCGUAGCUGCGCUUCCCACUCGGCCCUGCAUCCCUACCCGGCUGCUGCCCUAUGGCCCUUGUGGCCGCGUUGCUCCUGAGCGCAGCCCUGGGCGCCCUGCUCAGCUUCGCACUGCUGGCGGCGGCGGUGGCCAGCGACUACUGGUACAUCCUGGAGGUGGCGAACGCUGGCGGCUCCGGCUCCGGAGGCGGCGCGCAGCAGCUCUCCUCACAUUCUGGGCUCUGGCGCACCUGCGAAGGACACAACAGCUGUGUACCCCUGGUUGACCCGUUUGCCAGCGACAGCUUGGAAGCUUCCCCCUCCAUACAGCACCUUCUCUCGCUGCAUCGCACAGUCAUGGUGGUCCUGCCUCUCAGCCUCAUCCUCAUCGUGUGUGGCUGGGUCUGUGGCUUGCUCAGCUCCCUGUCCCAGAGUGUCCCUCUGCUGCUCAUCACUGGCUGCUACUUCUUGCUAGGGGGUGCCCUGACCCUGGCGGGGGUCAGCGUCUACAUCAGCUACUCACACCUGGCGUUUGUGGAGACUGCCCGCUUGUAUGGGGUACAGCAUGUACAGGAUGUGCACAUCAGCUUCGGCUGGUCGCUGGCCCUGGCCUGGGGCUCCUGCGCCUUGGAGGUGCUCAGCGGUGCCCUCCUGCUUACAGCUGCCCGCUUCCUCAGCCUGAGCCAACACCCAGGAAUGCCCCACUCUGUGAUCAUCUGAGUCCCCGGGUGGCAGGGUGGUGGGGAGAAGGCAAGGCUCAGGCACCCUUAGCACUUGCUGGAAUCCUGGCUGGGAAGGUGCCCUGGGGAUGACGUGUUGGGGAAGUGCUCAUUUCCUCUCCAGAUGGAUAGCCCGUGUCUCCAGUCAUGAGCUGUUGAUGGCACAGUCUGAUGGGGUGCCUCAGGGUUCAGGGUGCCCAGGGGGUGCUCUUACUCUGAGGGCCCACUCUGGCCCUCAGUUGCUGAGGCAGUCCGUUCUGUGCUAGGAGCUGGUUGAGGGCUUCCUUACCUCUCCAUCCCCAGUCUAGGCAUUAGUAACCACUCACCCUAUGCCACAGAGUGGGAGCCAGAAAACCUGAGGACAGAUGGCAGAUCCGGGUGUCACUGAAGUUUGGCAAGACCCCGGUUCUGUUUUGUUUCUUCUCCCAAGGGGAGGUUGAUAGGGAGGAGGCUUGGGGCUGGGUGGGAGGUUACAGUCUAGGUUGGUUUUCAAGCCACCAAGUGGGUCACUUACUUAAGUGAUUCCAGGCAGGGUGGACCUUCAAAUCUAGGUCCUUGUCCUGGCACAGGCUGCUGCCCUGCUGGUAUGCUACUUCCUCUUUGCAGCAACAACCAGGAGGGUAUCUUGAGUCUGGCCACAGUUGGGGUGAGGUGGAGCCAUCCCUGGCCUGCCUGCUGGGUUGCCUAGAGAGAGGAACUUCUGCUUUGGGCAGAAGCUAGGCCUGGGGAUUUGGCUGCAGGUGUGGGCUGCUCAGCUCACAGGCUGCCUCAGCCCACUCACUCCCAGUCUGGGACAACACAGGUAGGAACUGAAUUAUCUCUGGUCAGGGGGCAGACCUGAGUUUAUGUAAUUGGACAGUGGCCAGCUGUAAGGUAGGGCCUAUGCAGUUCCCCAAACUGUACCUGAUUCUGGUACAGGCUCCUCGUGAGUUUAGGAUAAGUACCAGAAAAGGUAGUUCAUCUCAAGGUUUUGUCCUGGCGGUAUCCCCAAGCCACUUUUGAUUGCUUCUAAGGAUAUGGGAAGCUCAUAGGGAGCAGGGAAUACUUUGCAGGGUUUAAUGUGACCCACGUUGGGCAAAGGACUGGAGCUGAUGGCGACCUCCCAGGUUGUGUUCUAAUCUUUGCCAUCCCAUGUAAGAGCACUGCCAAGUGUCCCAAUAAAUCCGCUGCAAUGUGUGUAUUUUUCUCUUUCUGCCACGUGGUGUAUUAUUUUUGGAAGGGGUGUGCACAGGGACAGAGCCUCACUGUGUAGGCCUGAACUUGCUGCCUCCUGCCUCAGCCUGCCUGGUGCUGAGAUUUCCGAUAUGCAUCACCAGGGCCAGCCUAGAAUUCUUCAAAGUAGGUGAAACAUACUCAUUUCUCCUGAUGUUGGAAGGGCGAACACACACUAGUGUGUGUUUCUGGCCGUCAGUGAUGUGCUUGUGUGUGUGUGUGUGUGUGUGUGUGUGUGUGUGUGUGUGCGCGC